UUAGUUAGUGAAGUCAAAGAAGCUUGUUUGUUAUAUCAUAAUAUUUCGCAACUGUGCUCCUGACGAACGACAUCACCGGGCUUUCAACUAAAUAAAAAUUCUGCAAUGACUUGAGUUCGUUAACCUUUGCACAGUAAUAUUAUGUCAAAAUCGACAUUUGGACCAGUUAUUUGUCCUGUCUGCAAUGAAACCGUUUAUUUCGCAGAGGAAAUUAGGUCCAUGGGGAAAUCGUUCCAUCGAAUUUGUUUCAAAUGCAGAAUGUGCAACAAAUUGUUGGAUAGUUUCACAGCUAACGAGAACUCCGGACAUCUUUAUUGUCGUGCGUGUCACCUGAAGCUUAUUCGUUCACCAGGAAAUUUACCGAGUUUCAAUGCAUUGACAUUUCAACCGAUGAACGGCAGGCGCUCCCAAUCACAACCAAGGAUCCUACAAAAUUCACCAAACGGUAGCGAUUCAUCAUAUCGCAGAAAUGCCGUAGGAGAGGAUAGCCCGACCCAGUAUCCAUCACACCGGGAUAUCUACCAUGUGAACGAGCACUACGAAAGCGGUCAUGAGCCGUCCAAUCUGAACCCUGUACGAGAACAAUACCACACUCGUUGGGAAGUACCCAGAACACAUGGAACACAACCACCCAGACCCAAAUGGAAGGAACCAUCGGUUGGUAGAGCUCUCUGUGCCAACUGUUCUGAGUCUGUCUUUGCAAACGAACGUAUAGAUGCUGUGGGAAAAUCAUUCCAUCGACUUUGCUUCAAAUGUGCUAGCUGCCGCCGACUGUUGGAUCGCGGAACGGCCUGUGAUCACGAUUACCAGGUUUACUGUCAAAAUUGUCACAUCAAGAAUUUCGGAUCUCGAGGUUUCAAAGCUGGUACCAACCUUCGGUGCGAAUGAGAGCGUUGAAGAUACUGGCACCUGGGUCUACCCAUCACCACAUAUCAGCCUGCAAAUUGCACUUACGAGCGCACAUCCGUACCAACCGAAACCUUUUAUACAUCCUAUGUCUUUAACUUCUGUUGCCCAUCAUAGACUCGGGCAGGCAAUGAUGCAACGGAUUCAGUACGCUCUAGUACACCCUUAAAUUGCUUUUUUGCCUUAUUUAUAUCAAAUAUUUGUCGUUUUGACAUAUAUUUCCUAGUUA